AUGGAGCCAGGAGUUUCCGGUAGCUAUUGCACAUUUUCAAUGUUUCUUCUCUGCAAUUUACUUUUGCUUGCUGUAGGUAUAACAGUAGGAACUUUAGCUAUCUAUAUCUGCGCUGAUCAAAAUGAUUUUUCAUGAUAUGAUGGACUGUUUGCCCUGCUUGGAUUUGUGAUUGCUUUAACUGCAAUCGCAAGUGUGAAGACAAAAGAGUCUCUAAAAUGACUCUUUUUUUACAUGCUUUUUUUGCUGAUUCUGACUCUAAUUGUAGCUGGGUUAACUAUAGGGCUGAUUUUUUGGCACGAUUUCGAGAUCAAAAUAGGGUUUGAAAACGCCUGGGGGGUCAGAGGAAGUUAUAUUGGCUCAUGCGGGGUUAUGCUAUUUUGUGUAAUCGUGGGAUUUUUCUAUAGAAAAAGUCUGAUGUCUGCAGUGAUCAGAAAAAGUGAAGAAGUAAAUUUCUUGGAUAUUAAAGGGCCGUUAGUUCCUGCUAGAACUGCAAAGCCACAAGAAAUAUCAAGAGGAUUUCAGCAGAAGAGCCCUAAGAAAGGCAAGCCAGAUUCAUUAUUCGAAAUGAAGUAA